GACUUCUAAGCAGCCAUGGACAGGUUACAGCUGCGGCAGGCAUCCAGCAGCCGGAGCCUCCUCAAGCUCACUGUUAUGGAGGUGAAGUGGAUUCAUGUGUUGGUCAUCUUCUUCUUCCUGUUGUCUGUUGCAAUGAUGGGCUGCUUUCUGUGGCAGUACAACCUCCCCAAGGCGGAGCCCAGCCCAUCUGUGAUGGAAGUGAGAUCAGAAGCUGUGCAGAUGUGCCCCCGCUAUCCUGAACCAGUACCGCUGGACCACCCAAUCCCCAUUCUGAAGGACGCGUUGGAGAAGGUAGAUACAAUGCUGCGCCAAAAGAUUCAUAGCUCUGGUCUCCCUGCCAUGUCUGCCAUCGUUAUCUACAAUGACACUGUGCUCUGGACAGGCAACUUCGGCAAGAAGAAUGGUUCAGACCCCUCCUCAGUGGUGCCCAAUGAGUACACUAUUUACAGAAUUGCCAGUGUCUCCAAGAUCUUUCCUACCAUUAUGUUAUACAAGAUGUGGGAGGAAGGAAAAGUCACAUCUCUUGAUGACCCAUUGGAACGUUACGCCCAGAACUUUGUUAUUAAGAACCCUCUGGGAAAGCUCAAGGAAUCGGAACAGAGAUACACAGCAGAUGGGCUGAUUUUUUUGGAAAAAGGCUCAAUGCCUCUUAAGCCAUCACCUGUUACCUUGCGCAGAAUGGCCAGCCAGCUCUCAGGUCUACCCAGGAGGCUGCGAUCUACCAGCCUGCUGUGGAAGGGCAAUACACAAGAUGCUCUAGCUCUCCUGAAGGAUGAUGUCUUGGUUGCUGAUCCAGGAACCAGAUGCCACUACAGCAAUUUGGCCUUCUCACUGAUGGCACACGUGCUAGCCAACCAUGCAGCUGAAGGGCAAUACCAGCGCUGGAUCUCGGAGAACAUCCUGGACCGCUUGGGCAUGGAGGACACUGGCUUUGACAUCACCCCACCGAUCCGCUCCCAGAUGGCUGUGGGUUUCUAUGGCAGCCAGCAGCCGGCCCCUCUCUAUGACCUCGGCUGGUACAGGCCUUCUGGCCAGAUGUACUCCACAGCUGCCGACCUUGCCAAGCUGGCAAUGGUCUUCUUAGGCACCUACCACCGUCGUCUCCUAGAGCCUGACACAGUGAAGACGAUGCUAACACCUCUGUUUAAGUGCUCCACUGAAUACUUUGCUAACAAGACCGGCACACCCUGGGAGAUUAACGAGCAAUUGGGAUAUGACGUCAUUAGGAAGGACGGAGACCUUGACGGUUAUUCAGCUACCUUCUCUCUUAUCCCCAAGCUCCGCCUGAGCUUCAUUGUGCUGAUGGCAGGGCCCAGGCCUCAGGGUGGAGAUAUUGUGACUCAGACAUAUGAGUAUCUUAUUCCUGCCAUGGAGACAGCAUUCAGAGAGGCAGAGAAAAGCUUGAUUCCUCCUCCAAGUCCAGGCCCUUAUGUUGGCUACUAUACCUAUUCCAACCUGACUUUCUAUGAGAUCAAAGUUGGACCUGGUGGGGUGCUGGUCAUGCAGCAGUUUGGGCCUCAUGUGGAAGAGCUGAUUCCUGAAAAGUACCGGACAAUCAAGCUCCACCACCUGGAAGAUCGUGUUUUCCAAGUUGUUUUUGACAAGGAGUUCCCAUGUGUUCUGCACCUGGGCUCUGCCUCCAUCUCACUGGAGACCCAAAAUGGGCAGCUCUUUAACUUUUAUCCAUUCAAUCGCAAGGGUUUGUCUCCUGGCUUCGAUGCACCAGGGCUAAACACAUACAAUGUGGUGCGUGUACUUCGUAAACCUGUAUUCUAUAGCUAA